AUGUCGACCGCAGCUCUCGAAAAGCUCUCUCCCAAGGCCAAGGAAAUCGUCGACAAGACGUCCUUGGGGACCACGUCUUCGAGUGAGGGGGAGAUUAACAAGUGGAUCGAGAGAGUAGGGAAUGGUGAAUUCGAAGGCGAGAAUGGAUUGAAUACUCUGGAUACCGAACUCCGAUCUCGUACCUACCUCGUCGCCAACUCUGUAUCACCAGCAGAUCUCGCACUCUAUGCAACCCUCCACCCGACACUCAGUUCUCUGCCUAAUCAAACCCACUACACCCGCCCCUCUCUCACACGCUACAUCGACCACAUCCAAAACCUCCCCGCCCUUCGCGCAUCAACCGUCGCACCCCAGCUGAUCGAUUUCAAACUCGACGAGGCGCCUAAACCCGAGCGCAAAGCUCCUCCGGCCAAAGAAAAGAAACCAAAAGCCGAGGGUGCACAGUCAGCCGCUACCACCACUGGUGAAGACAAAAAGAAACCCAAAGAGGAUAAAAAGAAGGAAAAGGGGCCAGCGCCUGUGGAUCCUCCUGCAGCAACCGCACCUGGAGAUGCAUCGUUUGCCGAAGCAGCUGCUCCGGGGGGCAAGAAGGAAAAGGCACCAAAGGAGGGCAAGAAGGGCGGAGACAAGAAGGAAAAGGCUGCUGCUGGAGAUAAGAAACCUGCUGCUGCUGCCGCUGCCGAUUCUGGUGAUCCAGUGCCUUCGAUGAUCGAUUUAAGGGUCGGAAAGAUCGUUCAUGUCGAGAAACAUCCGGAUGCAGAUGGGUUAUAUGUCGAGCAAAUCGAUAUUGGCGAGCCCGAAGGUCCGCGCACAGUCGUUUCUGGCCUGGUAAACUACAUCCCUAUCGAACAAAUGAGGGAUCGUCUACUCAUCGCAGUCUGCAACUUGAAACCAGCCAACAUGCGCGGCGUGAAGAGUUUCGCCAUGGUCCUCUGUGCUACACACAAAGACGGUAAAGACCACGGAAUCGAAAUCGUCAACCCGCCGGAAGGAUCCAAGCCUGGAGACAGGGUAUACUUCGAGGGCGAACGAUUCGCGGGGGCCCAGCCGUUGAGUCAGUUGAACCCGAAGAAGAAAAUCUUCGAGACUGUCCAGCCUGGAUUUACUACGCUUGAAAGCCGCGAAUGCGCGUGGGUUGAUCCGGUUACCAAGUCCGUGCAUAGGAUCGUUAGUGAACGAGGAGUGUGUGCCGCCCCGUCUUUUGUUGGGGCGUCGUUGUCUUAA